AUGCCGGGAUGGCCCGAGUUUGUGGCGGUCGGUUAUGUGGAUGAGCAGGAGUUUGUUCACGAUGACACCUCGCACUGGUAUCGGUAUUUCUACACCUGGGUGUCUGGAGUGUCGGAGUUCCCUGAGUUUGUCGCUCUCGGUUACCUGGAUGACAAGGAGCUGAAUUAUUAUGCGAGUGGAAUGAAGGAGGUGGUGUCCCGGCACAAGGUGAUGGACGCCGCUGCAGAUCCAGAUUUCUACCGCAGGAACACACAGAUCCUGCGGGGCUGGGAGCCCGUGGGAAAGGUCAGCAUCCAGACCCUGAGGGACAGGACCAACCAGAGCGGGGGGAUCCACACCUACCAGGUGAUGUACGGCUGUGAGCUCCGGGAGGACGGCACCACCGGCGGGUUUUAUCAGUUCGGCUGGGACGGCAGGGACUUCGUCAGCUUCGACAAGGACAGGAUGGUGUGGGUGACCCCCGUCAGCUGGGGGGAGAUCACCAAAAAUAAAUGGGACCAGAUCCCGGGGCGCAACCAACAGAAGAAGGGUUACCUGGAGGGAAUCUGCAUCGAUUGGCUGAACAAAUACCUGGAAUACGGACAGGAGCAACUGAGACCAGGU